AUGUCUUCAUCAGUUUUCUAUAAAUUUUUUCAUCAGAAGACCCAGUCCACCAUUCAUUUUGAUGGAACAAGUAUAAACGUCUUUGAUUUGAAGCAUGAAAUAAUCAUUCAAAAUCAACUCGGUCAAGGUCAAGAUUUUUCACUAAGGCUCUAUCAUCUGGAACAGCCCGAGUUGGAAUACGAGAAUGAUCAGGAUGUCAUACCUCGCUCGACUUUUGUUUUGGCUAAGCGGUCGCCCUUAUAUACCCAAAGUGGGCGGUUUCAGAGCGCUGCUAGAUAUGUUACCGGUAAACCACGCAUUGUGAAGCUGAAAGCUGCACCUGUCACAUUUGCAGCAUCACGGCCAAAAUCAAACAUAGUUAUCGACGAAAGCUUGUCAGAGGAGGAGAAAAUCAGAUUGAUGUUGGAGCGUCAAGAUGAUGCUUGGGCCAAAACCCAGGAAGAGUUAUCUACACAUAAGGUCGUUCACGGCAAACCUGGACUCGAGGAUCUUCCUCCACCAGGUUACGUCUGUUACCGAUGCGGAGGUAAGGAUCAUUGGAUAAAGAAUUGUCCCACCAAUACGGAUCCUACAUUCGAAGGUAAAAAAAUCAAACGCACUACAGGUAUUCCAAAAAGCUAUAUGAAGACAAUUUCAAAAGAAGCUGUUGAAUAUAGGCUAGCAAAUCCGGAAAGUAGUGAAAACAAAAUGCAUACUAAUGAAAAUGGUGAUUUGGUCGACGAGGAAGGCAAUACAUAUCAAGUCACUGAGGAUGGCGAUUAUGUAAUGACCUUCGCUGAUUCAAAAACGUGGUCCCUGUACCAGGAAAAACAACAGAGUGCUAAUAAUCAGGCACUACAAAAGUUCGAAAAAGAGUUGGUCGAUGUGAUAGUGUCUAAAGGAAGAGGAGAAUUUUUGAAUCCGUUGAGGCAGGAACCCAGCGUGCUUGUCCCACCUAUAUUUAUGACGCCUUGUUGCCAAACCAGCCAAACUUUGAAAAGACUAAAAAAUUUCAACUAUAAUCAGUUGGAGCUCGAGGAAGCGUUGAUAGAUUCCGACUUUCACUGUCCAAAUUGCGGCUCAGCCGAAACAUACCUUGAUCAAUUGAAAAGGAAUCAUCAAUUGGAAACAGAUUUAAAAUCUUUUAUUGAAAAUGCUGGGUUGGAAGAAAACACUGGAGUCAAACGAAAGUUUUUAGAACUUCAAGAUGACGAAAAUUUGGGGGGAAUCAAGAAACCAUUGGGCCCUAAAAUUGCGAAGAACUAG